AUGGUCCCCAGUCCUGCAUCGUACACUCAGGACACGAAUGUCAACACAGAUCACGAUGAACUGACGCAAGACUCUCUUCCGCCCGGGUCGGGACGGCAAUCCCAACAUGUCGAUGACAAGCGUGGCUUCGAUAUGAGUGACGCAGGCAAAAUCAACAAGGGCGAUAACGUCGAGGGGCCACCGAUACCGAAAGAAACGAUACCUAGCUCUAGUAAACAGACGGCAGAGGCCGAUGAAAUCAAAAUACAUUGUUCAAAAACCACGGUCUCCUGGAGAGAUGAGAACGACGAAGUGCACCAGACUGAUCAUCUGGAUCUCGAGAUAGACAUCGACAUCACGGCCAACACAGCCUUUUUAAGAUUGUAUGGCGACAUCUUCAUCAAGUGCAGCAGGCCCCCCGACAGGCGAGCUAUCUAUCUGUAUAUUCGCCCCGAGAUCAUCAAAUCCAUCAUCUACCAGAACGAGAACAAUAUACGGUCAUUGUGUUUCUCCUUGGAAUUUAAUCCCGACCUUGUUACACCCAAAGAUCCUAUUGUUGCCAAGCCCAAGAGCACAGCCUUGUUGAGUUCGAUUGUGGCCCUCUCCAAAGUGACAGGUUUCACCGUCCGUCUCAACAGCUCCAGUACAACCCCAUCAACCCACUUGAAGAAAGUUGCCUCCAUAUUCUCGCCUCGUCCGAGUUGGAAUGCUGCACUUGGCAAUCUUAGUCGCCUGUAUAGUGGUAAAGGGGGCCAAAUUGCCAAUGCAAGCAUAGCGGCUGCGAGCACCCAUGUGCAAACAGAGUCUCCUCCGCCCUAUAUCCCUACGUCCAGUAAGGAACGCGUUUCCAAAAAACGCAGACUUGGUAUCCCCGACGUUGAUGACAACAGCCCUUCUGCAAAGAACAGUGACAUGCCACCCAUCAACACCAUUCUCAGUGAAAUGGAAACACGCAUCAUGAACAGCAUUAGACAGCUCGGAGAAAAGUUACUCGAUGUGGAUGCUGGCCCCAGCCACUGCCGCUACGGAACAGAAGAGAGAGAAGAGAUUCUAGAAGAAGUUUCGACGCGGUGUGAUGACGAACUAACGGAUUUAAGGAUCCAGUCGACUGAUGUCAUUGAAGAAGUUAAAGAUGAGGUUGAUCGCUUGUUGAAUCAAGUAGAUGAUGAUGCAAAGGAAAGAAUAGAGCUGCUAGAAAGCGGGCUCGAAGAGAAGAUGAGGCAUAUAGCAGAAGAGGCGGCAGAAAAGUACGUGAAAGACACGCUGCUAAACGCAAGUUGGCGAAUGGAUGGCACCAUGUCCUUGCAGAGACAAACGUAAGCCAUUUGCUACCGCUGCUACCAUUGCAUGCCGCAUCAUUUUCUCGGAGCCUUUUGAGAAUGAUGCCCGCUCAGAGCUAGGCUUCAAAUCUAUUGAAUCAUGACAUUGGGUAUGACUUGGAUGCUAGGAUAGACCACGUUUACAUACCCUGCUUAAUAUUAACUAUUUACCAAU